AUGGAUGUGGUUGACGCCGAACGCGCGCGACAGCUGUCGCUAUUCCGUCCGUUAGAGCCCCGUGGCGCUUCCACUGGCCCUGCGGCUCGCCAGGGCCGAUACCGCGGGGGAUUGCCAUCCCUCCUGCAGGCGAUCCUUCCCUGCUACCAACGCAGUAACGACUGCGGUUACUGCAAAUCGGAUAAUGGUGGAAGUGCGUCAUACUACACCAGCUCCGUCGCCGUGAGGCCUGAGCACUAUGGUGAGCUCAUUGAUCGAGGCUGGAGAAGAUCAGGUACUCUGUACUACAAGCAGAACCUAGCACGGUCAUGCUGCCCUCAUUAUACGCUCAGACUGCCUGUUGCUGAAUUUCGCCCCCGUCGCGAUCAGCGCAGGGCGAUCAAUCGCUGGAACAAGUUUGUCCUUGGUCCGGAGUAUAUGCGCAAGGUCUCACAGCUAUGUCCGCGUACUCGAGAAGAGAAGCGGUAUCGGAAAUGUAACUUCGAUCUCCAGUCAGCCGUGCAUGAGGCCGAGUACUCGAAUCUCAAGCGUCCGAUUGACCCUGCCACGAACCGUCCGCUGGAGCCCGCGCAUCGCUUCGAGGUCAAUCUUGAGGGCGAUUCGACCUCGCAAAUGAAACAUGAGGUUUUUGUCAAGUAUCAAACCAAAAUUCACCGCGACCAGCCUUCCCGGUGGAAGAUGAAGGACUUCAAGGGGUUUUUGUGCUCGGGCAUCAAGCGAUCGCCUGCCCCAGGCUCCAAGGCAGAUGAAAACCAAAAGAAGCUCGGUUCAUGGCACCAGUGCUAUCGGCUAGACGGGAAGCUCAUCGCAGUUGCGGUUCUAGAUUUGGUACCUAAUGGCGUAAGCUCAGUGUAUCUUUACUACGAUCCAGAUUACGAGGAGUGGGAAUUCGGCAAGCUAAGCGCUUUGCGAGAAAUCGCUUUCUCGCUAGAACAUAGCUACCCCUUUUAUUACAUGGGAUUCUAUAUUCACAACUGCCAAAAGAUGCGGUACAAGGGGAACUUCCGCCCACAAUACAUUCUUGACCCAGAAACAUACACGUGGGAUCCAUUGGAAGGAGAGCUAUCUGAAAAACUAGACAAACGCUCUUACGUCUCUCUUUCGAGAGACCGUGCCGGACCUUCGGACUCGCAACCCAUCCCGCUCGACCCUGAUGUGAACGAGGAAGACCUGUCACUCUUUGAAAUAAACAUGCCAGGCACGCUUACACUAGAUGAAGUCAAGGCCCUCGACCUAGACCACUGGCUUUUGCUAGUGAGAGGAACGUUUGUGGAAAUGAUAGACCUCGUUGGGUGGGAAACUAUGCCAAUGGACCAGCCACAGUCUCUGAAGGGAAUCAUUGCUGAGUUAGCCGCCGUGCUGGGUCCCAGCAUUGUGAAAAACAGCGCCGUGGUGCUGUUCGACUAA